AUGAACAUUUCGAACGCCAGUGAUGACACAAUUCAGAUGCCUCAAUGGUUCAUUGAUCCCACACCAAAUCGUCAGAGCCUGGACUUAAAAAUGCUGGAAAAGUUGAUGAUUCUCAAAGAAAAAGAUCGAUUCGACACAGGCGAGACUGAAAGAUUUUGA